GUAAGACGCCAAGACCCUCUUUUGAAACUGUGCUCACCACUAGGCUUCGGCGCCCUUCGUCGUUAGUCGUCGCAACGCAUGUCUAAGAAACGACGCGUGUUUUCUUUAAACUGUUCUUGAUGUCGACAAGCCGCGUCACGCUCAAGCUCCAACUUUAAAAAAAAACCGCCCAAACUCGUGCUCAACCAACAAUAUCUUAUCUUUAACAAAAUAGUGAUAAAGUGCUACUAAGUACCAAUGUGACAAACUUUUUAUGAACAUCGAAAAAUAAAAAAGCUUCACCUAAAGUAAAGUUUUAUGUACCUAUACUUAAAAUAAAGAAUUUUUUGGACCGAUGCAUUUGCCAGUAAACCAAACGUUUCUUCCCAACGUUGCCGACAUGUAUGCCAAUCUUCAAGAAACUUUGCAAGAGUACCACGGUGAAUUAGUGCAGACCGGUAGUCCCACGGUACUUUGUAGUGCUCUUCCGACUCACUGGAGAUCGAACAAGAGUUUGCCCAUUGCCUUUAAGGUGGUCGCGUUGGACGAUAUCCAAGACGGUACCGUGGUGACUUUGAAAGCUGGUAAUGAUGAAAACUUUUGUGCUGAAUUAAGAAACUGUACGGCUGUGAUGAAAAAUCAAGUUGCCAAAUUCAACGAUCUGAGAUUUGUCGGCAGAAGUGGAAGAGGAAAGAGUUUCUCCCUGUCCAUCAUGAUCAGUUCAUCACCUUUCCAAAUCGCUACAUAUAAUAAAGCAAUCAAAGUUACCGUAGAUGGACCCAGGGAACCCAGAACCAAAUCAAACUACCAGUUCGGGUACGGAUUAGCAGGAUUUCCAGGAAGCUUCAACCCUUUUCUACUUAAUCCAGGUUGGCUGGACGCUGCCUAUAUGACAUAUGCGUGGCCGGAUUAUUUUAGGUCACGACAAACCAGUGGCCUCUCUCAGAAUACUUUCCCUUCAGCUUUAAUGAAAGGCUCCACAUCUCCUGUAAUGGCAGGCGUUCAACCAUCUUCCGACUUCUAUGUAUCACCGCAUAGUUUGAGUCCUACAGGUGCUUUCCAUCCGCCAGGAUAUAUACCGCAGUCACCGUUGAUACCUUCACUUCCAAACGAAAGUCCUUCGAAAAUUCCUACCCAUUUCGAAAAUAUGCACCUUCGUCACCUCCCAGUAUCUCCGAUGGAUCAACUUAGUAUUAAAAUAUCCCCUGUUUCGUCCAGGCAUAGCGUUAGUCCUCAAGUGUCCCAUAAAACUAAUUCUACCCCAGUUGAAAGUGCAUCUAAAGACGACAGUACGAUCCAUUCGACUAUGGAGCAUUCAAAUUCAGAAAAUUCGGAUGACGAAGACAUAGACGUUGUAAAGUCGGCAUUCCAGCCUCUGAAACCUGCGAAUGUCGCUUUACAGGAAGUUCAACAUCCUGAUUCGACGGUGCAGGAUAAGGAACCUGUGAUAAAGUGCGAGCUUAAAUCUGUUACUUCAAGAAAGAGCCCUUUGUGUCAAAAAUCGCCUGUUGCUACCAAAAUACGUACGACACCUACAUUAAAUUCAACAAAAGCCGUUUGGAGACCCUAUUAGUAUACAAAAUUGUGCAAAGGACAUUUAGUGCGGACGAUUUGGUUUAUGUAAUUACUUUGUAUAUCUAUGCGUUGGAAGUAUUUCUCGGCUUGUAAUCUAGUGAAAAGUAUUUAUUUGAUUUUAGCGUCGUUGGGUUCUUUGCAUACCGUUUAUUAUUAGUAUAAAUAAUUGUAAAUAAAUGAUUCCUAGAAUAUUUUUAAUUUCCAUAAUGGAAAUAUAACGUAACGAUAGUGCGGAAGGUGAUGCAAUGAUA